GGGUCGCUAUCCCGCUGGCACGGGGAGCUUGAACGGAAUACCUUCCGCUUCUGCGGAUCCUUCCUUGUGCCUAUGCGGUCCGUGUGGCCAUUAGUCACCCCCCCUUCCUUCCCCAGGCUCUCUGCCACUCGGUUAUGCGGAGGCAUUAAGAAAGGGAGGGGGCUGAUCAGACGAGGAUGAGGGACAGGGUGGACAUAAUAGAGAAGAAAAACAGAAAGCAAAAAGAAGCAGGUAGCCAUAAUUGUUAAGGCCGUUGGUUGAAUAUCUGGGGACCAAGUUUUCUUUUGGAUGACAUCAGGGAUCAUGCAGAGAAGGAACACUAUGGUCAAUGAUGAGCUGUCAGUCAUGUACCAGUGACAUGGAGGUCUUGCACACACUGAGGACCCGUGGAAGUCCGCUUUCCCUGCCUUGACUGAGAGACACCUCCUACAUCAUUCCCAGAUCCUCCGUGAAGUUUCAUCUUAGUCACAGCACGCCUGUCCCAGACCCCCACAGAGCAUCCAUGACGGACGCGGUGAUGGGGACGAGCUCAGAGCGCUGGGGUCCCCACGGGAGGCAGUCACGCAUGCCGGCCAGUGACAAGGACCAGGCUGACUGGACGCCACAGCCCAAUCCUCCACCCGGGCAUGACCUGACCGAUGAAGAGAAGGAGAUCAUCAAUAGCGUCAUUGCUCGGGCCGAGAAGAUGGAGGCCAUGGAGCAGGAGAGGAUCGGCCGCCUGGUCAACCAGCUUGACACCAUAAAGAAGACAGUGUGUGGGGAUGGAGUGUCACGCUGCCUGCUGUGUGGGGAGCUCCUGGGAGUGCCCGGGGUCAGCUCUGUGGUGUGUGAAGACUGCAAGAAGAACAUGUGCACUAAGUGUGGCAUUCAGACUGGCCGGCGUCCUCGGGCCGUGUGGCUCUGCAAGAUCUGCGGCGAGCAGAGAGAGGUGUGGAAGCGCUCCGGGGCCUGGUUCUUCAAGGGCAUGCCCAAGCAGAUGCUGCCCUCCCCCAUACCCAUCUCCAAGAAUCGGGAAGCGAGUGCCCAGCCGAGCCUCUGUGCCCAGGAGCCUCCGGACCCCGAAGUGAGGACCCCCAGUAAGCCCAGGACACAGAGCAGGGGCCCAGUGGAGAGCCAGAGCCACAGUUCUGAGCAGCAGGUGACAGAAACGCAGCCCUCAGGCCGAGGGGGGUAUCCUCCUGUGCCCCCUAAGCCCACUGAAGUGCAGCCAGGGCGAGGUCUCUACCGUGGGGAGAGCGGCGACGAGGCUCAGGCCAGCCCUGUGGUGCUGAAGCGGGCUGUUCCCGUGCAGAGCUCCAGGCCUCCCCAGACACAGGCAGCGUCAGCCAUGGCUGAGCAGGCCCCAGUGGAGAUGGAGCCCAAUUACUCCAGUGCACCAGCUCCCCUCAGAGAAGAAAGAGCGCCAUCUGGUAUCCAGGAGGAGAGGCGACAGCCUGCUGCCGCUUACAGUCGGGCCCCUGCGCGGCACCAGCCCCCGCCCCCGGAGAAGGACGAGGAAGAGGAGGCCAACAGCUAUGACUCGGAUGAAGCAACCACUCUGGGCUCUCUUGAAUUCACCCUUCUCUAUGAGCAGGAGAACAACAGCUUGCACUGCAACAUCAUGAAAGCCAAGGGGCUGAAGCCAAUGGACUCCAAUGGGCUUGCAGACCCCUAUGUCAAGCUGCACCUACUGCCUGGGGCCAGCAAGUCCACCAAGCUACGCACCAAGACCCUUCGAAACACUCGCAACCCGAUCUGGAACGAGACACUGGUGUACCACGGCCUGACCGACGAGGACAUGCAGCGUAAGACGCUUAGGAUUUCCGUCUGUGAUGAGGACAAGUUUGGUCACAAUGAAUUCAUUGGUGAGACUCGGGUGGCGUUGAAGAAGAUGAAGAUGAACCAGAAGAAGAACUUUAACGUGUGUUUGGAGAGAGUGGUGCCGGUGAAGCGGACGGCGGCUGGAGGAGGGGCGCGUGGCAUUUCACUCUAUGAGGAUGAGACGGGGAAGGACAUCGGCGAUGUGGAGGAGCGCGGACGCAUUCUCAUCUCGCUCAUGUACAGCACCCAGCAGAAUCGGCUUAUCGUGGGAGUGGUGCGCUGCGUACACCUAGCCGCCAUGGACGCCAACGGCUACUCAGACCCCUUCGUCAAAAUUUGCCUGAAACCAGACAUGGGUAAAAAAGCAAAGAACAAAACCCAGAUCAAGAAAAAGACCCUGAACCCCGAGUUCAAUGAAGAAUUCAGCUAUGACAUCAAGCACAGCGAGCUGGCAAAGAAGACCCUCGACAUCUCCGUGUGGGAUUAUGACAUUGGGAAGUGUAACGACUACAUUGGAGGAUGCCAAUUGGGCAUCACAGCUAAAGGGGAGCGUCUGAAGCACUGGUAUGAGUGCCUGAAGAACAAGGACAAGAAGAUUGAGCGCUGGCACACACUGAUGAAUGAGAACCAUGUGUCCAGCGACUAAGAGCUCUGCUGCAUGUCCCCAGCACAUCUUAGUUCCACCUGUUUCCCAAAUGAUUUUUUAUUGAUGCUCAGUGUUGUUCCAUCAACCAACAUGGCUACCGCUUAUAUCCUUGUAACCUUUGGCUGUAGUCAUGCUGUCUGUCUGACCAAAACCUGCAAAGAAAUAUCACAGGCCACAGGCGUGCUUUUCGCCCCCAGGUACAAAAGAGAUAUUACUCCUUCUUGGAAGGAAAAACUACCGAACCUUGACAUGAUAUAUAUGUGGAAAUCAAACAGCACUAGCUACAGUAUAUAUACACACACCAUGCAAGCAUUACAAUAACUUUAACUCCUGAAUUCAAAAGCUGGAUUCUUUGUGGUUUCAAGCAUCAUCGUAAAUCACCCCAGUAAAAUCAGCAAACUUGGUAAAAAGACUCGCAAGCUUGAAUGAAUACAUGAUGGACUUUAAGGUCCAUUGGAUGUGACCCAGGGGUGGGUCACUGAUUAGCACUUUUGCCUGACACAUCCAGGGCUGAGGUGCUCCAGUUUCCUCCUACAGACAGCUAAUUGGCAAGUCUAUAUCACCUGCAUUGUAUUGCAUGGUUGUGUGCGUGGACUGGCUGUCUAUCCUGGGCGUAGCCUAGCGCUGUGUCCUGUGCUGCUAAGGAUAGCUCCAGGCUCCCCUGUUACCCUCACAGGGUUAAACAGAAGAUGAAUGAAUGUGUAAUUUCUAGCAACAGACAGAGUAGCAGCACAAAUCCUUGGGAUUUUCAGACACACAAACAAAUCAACAGUUUGCUGUUAUGUACGUUGGAUUUCACCUGUCUAAUUACAUUGUGCUGCUGCAGUU